AUGGACCGAUGGUGUAUCUUCGACUCGAGUCCACGUCAACGCCCACAUACCUCGUGGCCGAUAACAACAUUUCAGGGUGUCCUCUUGAAUAUCAUCCUUGCCAUUUUCAUUGCAAGAGAGAACGUAAGUCUGGAUUUGAGCAUGCGAUGCAUAUUGCCAGAGGACAAAUACGAACUCUUGGUUGCGCUUGUUCAAAGCUGUCGACGGUGGGGUAUUUUCUCCUACCCUAACAUGGUCCUGCAACAGGAAGCCCAUGCGCCACCCGCACUUGUAUAUGUCAACAUUGAAGAGAUCAAGAGAUUUGGACUAGCCCUCUAUAAGGUGUGCCGAUUGUCCACUCCCUGUGACUCGACCGGAGAAAGUGCCAAUGGUGGCAGAAAAGAUCUUUUGACCCUGGCCGAUUUGUGCUUUUGCAUGCCAGACAGUGAUGAGCUAUGGAAUGCUCCAUUUGGCGCGGAGUUCGAGGUGUUGAACAAGUCUGAUUCGUUAGCAGUCGCCCGGCAUAAUGGGAAUGAGAAAAACUGGAUAUCCCAGGCAUCUUCUCUUCUACAUGACGCACGAGUUGACUUUGAUUGGUUAUAG